AUGUCUCAUCCAAUUAAAGAAUUUGUCAGACGUUUAUCUAAUCUAGAUAUUGAGCGUUAUCCAGAAUGGGAUUUGUCUAAACCACUUCCUAGAUUACCGGUUCCAGAUUUACAUAAUACAUUAGAUAGAUAUUUACGAUUAAUAGCACCAGUUGUUUCAAAAGAAGAUUAUGAACGAACUAAAGUAUUAGUUGAAGAAUUCGGCAAAUCUGGUGGAGAAGGAGAAGAACUACAAAAUUUACUUAAACAAUAUGCAAAGACAAAGAUCAAUUGGGUUACAGAAUGGUGGUUAGAUGAUAUGUAUUUAUUAAAUCCGGCACCAUUACCAAUUAAUUCUAGUCCAGGUAUGGUAUUUCCACGUCAUUCUUUCAUUAGUACAAGACAACAGUUAAGAUUUGCUGCUCAACUGAUUUCUGGAAUUCUUGAUUAUAAAACAAUAUUAGAUACACGUUCACUUCCAAUCGAUCGAGCACGGCAUAGUAAAAAAGGUCAACCACUUUGUAUGGAACAAUAUUAUCGAUUAUUUAGUUCAUAUCGUUAUCCAGGUAAAACUAAAGAUAUACUUGUAACAACAUCUGAACGAGAUCCAUUCGAUCCUGAACAUAUUAUUGUUAUUUAUUUAGAUCAGUUCUUCGUUAUUGAUGUCAUAACUAAUGGGAGUAGAUUAAGUGAAGAAGAUAUAUAUAAUCAGUUACGUCGUGUUACACAGUUCGCUGAAGAGUCAAUAGCCGGUGAAAGUGAAAUGGAAGUACAACCAAGAGUUGGUGCGUUAACAGCUCUACCAAGAAAUAAAUGGGCAGAAGUUUAUGAACAAUUGUGUCAAGAUCCAGAAAAUGAAGGAAAUUUAAAAACCAUUGCGAAAAGCAUGUUCGUAUUAUGUUUAGACAAACCAAUUCAAGCAGUUGAAGAACUAGAUGAAACAACAGAUAUUAAUGGAUUUUUAAAUGAAACAAAUGAUUCAAAUAAUUUAAAUAAACGUGAUGAUGUUUCAUUAGCUUUACAAUUAUUACACGGAAUGGGUAGUUCAUUUAAUGCGGCUAAUCGUUGGUAUGAUAAAACAAUGCAAUUUAUCAUUUCCCGUGACGGUAAUUGUGGUCUUAAUUAUGAACAUUCUGUUGCUGAAGGAAUUGCUGUAGUACGUCUGAUAGAACAUAUUCUUCAAUAUAUGAAAGAAGUAAAACGAUGGAAAUUAGUUCGAUUCCCAUCUGUAUGUGAAUUGGCGUAUCCGAGAAGAAUGAAAUGGAAUUUAGACAAUAAUUCAAAAUCAAUGAUUGACUACGCCUUGAAUGAAAUUGAUAAGAUAGCAGAUGAUCUGGACUUAUACAUACUUCGUUAUAAACAAUAUGGACGAGAAUUCCCAAAAACUGUUAACAUGAGCCCAGAUUCAUUCAUUCAAUUAGCUUUACAAUUAGCUCAUUUCAAAUUGCAUAAAUAUUUAGUGCCAACUUAUGAAAGUGCUUCAACAAGACGAUUUGCUUUAGCUCGAGUUGAUAAUAUUAGAGCUUGUUCAAUGCCAGCUUUGGAAUGGUGCAAAGCAAUGACAGGUCAGACCAAAUGUUCAACAGAUGAAAAAAUUCGUUUAUUACGUAAAGCUAUGGAAUGGCAAACAGAAAUUAUGCUUGAAACUAUUCUUGGUCAUGGUGUAGAUAAUCAUUUACUUGGUCUAAGACAAAUAGCAUUAGCUCAUGGUAAAGAAUUACCAAAUAUUUUCAAAGAUCCAAGUUAUAUGGAAUCAAACAGAUUUCGUUUGUCUACAAGUCAAGUACCAACAACAAUGGAUGCGUUUAUGUGUUAUGGAGCAGUUGUACCUAAUGGAUACGGCGCUGCAUACAAUCCACAUCCUGAUAAUAUUGUUGUAGUCAUUUCUUGCUGGCGUACUAAUCCUAAUAAUAAUGCAUCGAAAUUUGCAGAAAUGCUUGAUUCAGCAUUUACAGAAAUGCGUGAACUAGUCCUUUCAAAUCCUCAAUUGGCUAAAAAACCAUCAAAUGAACCUGUUGAAUGGAGUAUAGCUAAAUCACUUGGUGCUGAUGUAGGUCUAAAUGUGACUGGUUAA